AACCCCAAACCUUACAUUCCCGUUGACUCCAGUGUGACUUCAUAUAAAUGAGCAGUUUUGACGUCGACGCACGGGUUUAUAAGAGAGCUGCCGGGCUGUGAGGUGGGGGUCUCCGAGAGUAUAAGAGGUGUACACACAGCUAGAGCGCACAGAUGCAGCUGCCCGUUUCCGGGGGGGCACUUACUCUUCGUCCGUUUGGAUAGAAAACUCUUACUCAGAGGCUCUAAUCUGCACAUUUUUUGGAAACUCUCCUGCUCGCCUUUUCCACUUCUUCCCCCCAGUUUGACUAGUUUUUUUCUCCUGCCUCAGUUCAAAUCUUUACCUUUCUUCUCACUGUUGCGCGGUUAAGUUUUCAUCACCGAGGACAGAGUGGGCAGCACAGCAGCAUGGAGCCUUACACGGUCCCUGGAGCUCAGCUCUCCCUGUCCGACCUUUACUCCGUCAUCCCCUUCAAUGUCACCCUCCCGGACGAGGAGAGCGACUUAAUGGGCGACAGGCUGCAGAACUACACCGAGCAGCAGAAUCCAGUGAGGAGCGCCGGGGGUAUAAUCAUAGCCAUAUCCAUCACGGCGCUCUACUCCGUUAUUUGCGUGGUGGGACUUCUUGGCAACGUCCUUGUCAUGUAUGGAGUGGUCAGAUACACCAAGAUGAACACUGCUACAAAUAUCUACAUCUUCAAUCUUGCUCUUGCCGAUGCCUUGGCCACCAGCACGCUGCCCUUCCAGAGUGCCAAAUACCUCAUGAACACCUGGCCCUUUGGGGAUGUCCUCUGCAAGCUCAUUAUUGCCAUCGACUACUACAACAUGUUCACAAGUAUCUUCACCCUCACAAUGAUGAGUGUAGAUCGCUACAUCGCCGUGUGCCACCCAGUCAGGGCGCUGGAGUUUCGGACGCCUGUCAAGGCCAAGUUGAUCAACAUACUCAUCUGGGUCCUGUCCUCGGCAAUUGGUGUGCCUGUCAUGAUCAUGGCUGUGACCAAAGUGGCAGACAAUGGUAAAACCACUUGCAUGUUAAAGUUUCCUGAGCCUGACUGGUAUUGGGACACUGUGACAAAGAUCUGCGUCUUUAUCUUUGCUUUUGUGGUCCCUGUGAUGGUCAUCACCAUAUGCUAUGGUCUCAUGAUCCUGCGUCUGAGGAGUGUUCGUCUGCUCUCAGGCUCCAAGGAGAAAGACCGCAACAUGCGCCGCAUUACCCGCAUGGUCCUGGUGGUGGUGGCGGCCUUUAUCAUCUGCUGGACCCCCAUUCACAUAUUCAUCAUUGUGAAGACCAUGAUAGAAAUUGACAGCAGGAAUCCCUUUGUGAUAGCUAGCUGGCAUCUGUGCAUUGCUUUGGGGUAUACCAACAGCAGCCUCAACCCUGUCCUCUAUGCAUUUUUGGAUGAAAAUUUCAAGCGAUGCUUCAGGGAUUUCUGCCUCCCCUGUCGGACCCGUGUGGAGCAAAACAGUCUGACCAGAGGCCACAACACCACCAGGGAGCCAGUGUCCAUCUGUGCUCCAACAGAAGCAGGAAAGAAGCCGGCGUGACUAGGCAUGGACCGGGUCCCCCAUUGCUCUCGUUCAAGGAGGAUCCAGCAAGAUCUCCAAUCAGAAGUCACCCAGAUCUCCACAACAGAGUUUUAAAAGAUAUUUUCAAAGCAAGAGUUGACUGUGUCAACUCGUGCUUUCUUCUCUCUCAUUUGGCUGUCAAACGAGACAUUCAAAUGAAUAAUUAAAGGUAAUGGAAAACAAGUUUCACUCUGAUCUUAUAUUUCUAUUAAAGUUCUUACUGUCCCCCUUCAAAGUGAUGCCUUACGGAGGCACUGAGAGUAGAAUAAUAUUGAUGGCCUAAAAUGUUAUAUCAAGAUAAUGAAACAGUUCAUAAUUUAGAGAAUGAAAGCUGAACUUUCUGAUGACGCAAAAAGAGUAAAGAAAUCCCUGAAGGAGUCUGUCUCAGUGCCAUUCAUAUGGCAUUUAUCUUGGUACUAAAAUAGAGCAGAGAAUGACUGAUGUACAAAAAGCCAAAAGUUUAAAACAAUGGCCUUUUCAAAUCCAACUUUGCCAUUUCAUCCGAGACAUUUGAUGUGGAUUAAAAGACUGAAAAGUAAGAAUUUUGGAGAUUAACUCUUUCCAUUUGUAUAUUUAACAUCAUCUCAUAAUAAGUGAGCCUUACAGAGGAGAAUCAUACAACUCUUGCCCACCGACAGCUAGAUGAUGAAUUACAGUGUAGUUUGUUGCACAACGCCAGCAACUCUUUACAUGGAGAAACAGAGAAUUCUUCUUUGGUAUUCCAUGUGAUUCAACCACCCUUUGGGGGAUUUUUUUGUAUUUUUCUUUGUUUUAAAAAGAGACACUUGGCCUGUGCUGAAAGACAAUUUUGGACUCAGUGGAUUUGAAAAAGGUCUGUCAUAACAGACGUGGAAUCAGAAUUGAGCCCACUCUAUGGGGUUUGUGUUUAGAAAAAGACAGAAUAGCAUCGAACCACUUGUGUUUUGAUUUCCAUGGGCUUCUUUUCUGCUUACCUACUUGACUUUCUGUAGUGGUGUCAAACGCACAGAAAGCCUCUGAGCAGAAUCACUAAAGGAUGAUAAACCUGCCAUGGAAGAACACUGUCGGCAGCCACAACACUUCACUCAUUGUAUUGGUCUAUUGUUCAGACUGAGACUGGCUUUAUCUUAUUUUCUAGACGUCCAUCCUGAUGUCAAACUAACUGCUCCAAGGGUUAUUAAGAUUAUUGAUCAUUUUUAAAUUAGAAAACUGUUACACUGAAUAUCUGUAGCACAUUUAAGACAAGUAAGAUGGCAUUAGCCAGAGCUAAAUCAUUCUUGGUGUUUUAUGUGCUAUGACGGUGCUCGACAUGAAUCAAACUCCGUCAAUGUGAAGGUAAUGAUCAUUUCAGCUUUGCAUACACAAAGAGUUGUGUUAGAGAUAAUAAUCCAGAGUUUAUCUGAAUUUGCUCUCAUGUGGAAAUAUUUCCGAGACAGUCACGGUCGCGUUGGUGAGUACUGAAAUGCAUAGUUGACAAAAUGAGGUUAAUGUAGCAGUAACAACACAUCGGAGCAGACUGUGAAUGAAAAGAUGGUAGAAAAUGAAUUAAAAAUGUAAAUUUGUACAUAAUGUUAAGCUUUUGCAUUACAACAAAUUUGGCUUCAGACACAGAUAAAAUGACCACGAGGUACGUCUGUGGUUCUGUAUUUUUCCUUAACGCUUUGCUUAUAUUGGCAUUUGAUAUUUCUUGAUAUUUCAUCACCUUGCUUUUGAUCUAUGUGGCUCAAAAAUAUUUAAGAAAAAAAGCAAAGAAGAAAGAGAAGCAAAAUAAGUCUUUACAAUUUGUUUGGCUUUGAGUUUGUGUUCCGUUUACAGAUUCAGCAAUUUCCCUUUGGACUGGCUGUGGACUUCCCCACAGAGAUAUGGUCAGAAGAGAAAAACAAACAAACAAAAAAAAUCUCUGUUUGCAGCAGGAUAUUGAUACCUUUGUAGUGUAUGUUUUCUUACAGUGAUAGUGUGUGAUAUAAAGUGUUAUGUGGUGUAUAUACCUGCUCUGCGUAGCUCUAAGUGCCAAAUCUGUCAGGUGUGCAGAAUAUGUCUGAGCUGCUGUUAUCUUUGCGAAACCAAACUAUAUCAGGAUGGAAUGUACAGACUUAGCGAUCCCAAAGGAUGACAAGUGUGUAAAUUUCAGUUUUGACUAAAUCAGCAAUUACUACAAAAAGCAAAGCAUGAAUCAUGUGAAUUCAGGGUAUGAAUAAGUAAAAUGUAUGUGGAUGAUUUACACUGUACAACCAGGAUUAGCCCUCCUUAUGAGGCUUUCUCAUUCUUUUACAGUCGGAUACUUUCCAUAGGUCGAUACAGGGAGCUACAAAAGGAAUGUUACUUUCUCUGUGUGAGUCCAAACCUGAAAAAAAGUUUUAUACUACCACCACCUUUGUCUAUUCCAGUCAUCUAAUAUUGCUUUAAUGGAUAUGGAGGCUUCAAGCUUUACCAGGGAGAUGGUCCUCAGGCAGUUGAACUGAAUAUCUGGCCAUUUUGAUACACCAUGAAGGAAUACAGCCAGGUUUUUGUUGCCUUAGCUGGCCUGAAAAAACAAAAAACAAAAACGUAAAAACUUAAAAUACAGGCUAUCACAAAAGUGGUUAUCAACUUUCUUCGAUAAGCCAACCUUCAGAUUCUGUGCACACUCUCAUAAAAGGGGUGUGUCAAGGGCCAACCAGUAGAAUUGUGGAAUGACAGAGACUAGGUGCAUAUAGUACACAUAAACAUACGCAGAUGCAAAAAAUGACGUAGUAUUGGCAGAGACCUGUGGCUAGACUGAGCAAAUUCGCUCAGUCUGCAGUGCAUACCGCUUUCUAUGUGAAAGGGCCAUCACAGAACAUGUGACUGUUUUUCUGCACAAGUCCCAACUUACUCCAAUUAGAGACAUUAUUAAAUAAUGAUGAUAAAAUGGUGAUAAAACUGCUUAAUUAGUAUAAAAAAAUGUAACAGUACAAUGCAACCCAAGUUGCAAAUAAUAAGUUCUAAUGCAGAAGAAAAUUGUUAAUAUUGGGGUUUAGCUCAAGAGGUUAUUUGAGCUAAGGUUAUUUCUAAUAUCAGAACUGCACAUUAGAGCUCUGAAACUUAAAAAUUUAUACAUUUGAACAUUAAAGGUGCCAUAGCCUACUAUAGUAGACAUGGAAAAAAUCACAGUUCACAAUUCACAAGUUCACAGUAUUUACUUUUCUUGAUUUAAUAGGUCUUCUUAGUUAUAACAAAAGCUCUUUUUAUUUUUCUAAUCUAUGUUUUAGUAGCUGCAAUUCCAGCAGUGUAAAACAGACUUCAAAUAAAGCAGAUUAGAACCAAGGAUAAAAACCUUUGUAGAGUUUUUGCAUCACCAACUGACAAUACGACACAGUUGGUAUCUUCAAUAGAAUAGAAUUGUCAAUGUACAUAUACAAUAACACUGUGGGUGCUCCACACCAACUGUGCAGGACAUAUAAGUAGUGACGAAACAGGAAUAAAUGACAAACAAGAAGAAUAUGUACAAAAUAAGAGGAACAGUUGGGUUUCAUUUAGGGGUUUUAGCUGCACAUAUUCCUACAGCUGGAACAUAUAUAACACUAACAAUAUGCUGUGAAUAAUAGAACCAUUGUAACAGAAAACACUGACCUCAAGCUCAACACAGCUUGCUAACCCAUUAAUCUCUUUGUCAUUAGCCCUGUAAACCAAUCAACUUAGUCUAUUUUUAGGUGCUAAGCAAUAUUUAAUUAUUUGUUGCCUUUCAGAAUAAACACUACUUUUAUUUUGGAAGAUUAAGUCAGAGACAUUAAAUCCUUAUUUUGGCACAAAAAUAAACAUUUCCUAAACCCCGCCUCCUGGAGCUUCAGGACUCCAAAACUUGAACAUGACAGAUCGCGUCGGGCUGUGAUUCAUCUAACCAAACCUGAGUCCCAACAGUAAAAACCAGAAAAUUCUAAGUCAUCUUUUGUAAUGGAAAGCACUGAAACAAUAUCCUGUUAAUAGUCAAAAGGAAGCCUACAUUUUCCAGUGAGAAAUUACACAGAAGUGUGUCCUGUGCUACAUGAAACAGGAUUGGGUACACAGCUUCUUUUUUAUGUGGAAUUUGGUAUUCCAAAUAUAAAUUUUAAUACAGAAAAACUGUUUGGCCAAAUAAGAUGCAAGAUUUAAUUUCAAAGAUGAAAGCUUCUGGUAUCUGAGACUAUCCUUGUUUAUAAUGUGACAAAAAGGUAACCGAUCCCCGCCUCUAAGUGAUUCUCAUAUAACCUGCUGUGCUACUGAUUAAAACCAGCAACAAGGACUACACUAAGUAUUUUUACAUUGAUUAAUCAACUUUCAGAACUCUAACCACAUAAAACAGACUUGCCAGACUUUAAUAUUCAGUUAACUUUGAUACAUUGGUUUACAUGUUAGUAUUAUAUGGAAACUGUGUGGAAAUGCCCAUUAUAUAUGGACGCUUCCACAUUUCCACCAUUUAAAAAAAUAAAUAAAUAAAUAAAUAAUUCAUUCUUGAACAAAAUUCCAUUGUGUACAAAUUUUACUAAUCGUUAAGUUACACACAUUGUUGUGACACGUGAAACAAACGCAAACCGAAAAUGUGACACAGUGUGCUUUCAAUGUGGGAAUAUGAAAUGAAUACAUGCAAUCUUCUGUUGUAAAAUUAUAUUGCUGUUAAUGAUCGCAGUGUGUGUGAUAAACUCCAUGCAAAGUUUCGCUCAGAUUGGCCCCGUGUUCAGGAAAUACAGACAUAUAUACAUAAAUACACUAUGAUGAUCACUGCUAUGCAACGAUGUAAAGCUUUAAAGCUUCACGAAUAUUUCAGUGACUUUCGGUAGUACGAUCUAUGUCGUCAUAGUAAUUUAUCAUGAGCUAUUUAAUAAUUCCAGCUUAACUGGUUAAAUUCCAAUGAUCAAUUCAAUUCACCCAAUUAACAGAAACAGCUGCCUUUUGGCACUUUAUAUUGAAACAACAUUAAACAACCUCGUUUGAGCAAGCAUUUGGCAACAGUGGGAAAGAAAAACUCCCUUUUAACAGCAAGAAACCUCUAGGAGAAGCAGGCUGAGGGAGGAGGAGAUGAGAGGAAGACAGGAUAAAAGACACGCUGUGGAAGAGAGCCAGAGAUGAAUAAUAACUCAUAAUUAAAUGUAUUAGUAGUUCACUCCUGAUACAGAGGAGAAUCACUAGGGAGACUUGUAAGAUGUGAAAUAUCAGUAAAUGCUAUUACUGAUAUAUUGUUCAGAAGAGUUCGUCUGAUUCAUUUCUUAAUCUUCUGUCAGGGUUUGUACAUUUUUUGCACGCCUGUCAUUUACGUUGUAUUAGUAUAGUUAGCCACUUUUGAUGUUGAUACAUUACAGCUUAACUCUGUAAACAGAAUAUUAAAGCAGCCUUUGUGAAUUUAAUAGAUGUAGAUUUGUGUUAUAUGCUAAGCUGUUGAUAACCACUGACUGCAAUAUCAAAUGCAAGGCUAAUCAUAUUUAACACUAUACUGCUUCUUUUGCAGUGUUAACAUAUUUCUUGGCUUCUUGGUGCAAAUGUUGUUUAAAACAUUUAUCUUGCAGCUACUGUGUUUGUAGUAUAACUUCAAUUGUAGGCAAAAGUGAAGAAAAUAAAAUAAAGCUUUGAAUAAACUUUGUGAGCUUU